AUGGGGUUCUGCAAGGCCGAGGGCACGGGGAAGCUCGUCCUCCGGGUGGGCCUGCUCCUGACGCUGCUGGCCAGCGAGCCCGCGGGCGCCUUCAACGACACCAUCUCGGUCGACGUGGCCUUGUCGCAGCCGCUGCUGCAUGAGUCAGAAGAAAAUCUGACACAACCCAGGGAAGUAGAAUUUGGAGAAUGCACGGUUACAUGUGGUAUUGGCAUUCGAGAAGUUAUAUUAACCAAUGGAUGCCCUGGAGGUGAAACCAAGUGUAUUGUUCGUGUUGAAGAGUGCAGAGGACCAGCAGAUUGUGGGUGGGGUAAACCAAUUUCUGAAAGUCUUGCUAGUGUGAAGAUACCGUGUAUUUUUGUACCUCCAGAAAAUCGAUUUCAAUAUAUUUGGAAAAUGUUGAUUCCGGACCAGCAAUCACUCAUUCUUCCUAAUGAUUCAGCUAUUCUGGAGGUACACAGAGAUACCCACCCCGUUGCGUUUGAGUGCGAUACAAUAGAAAACGAUGAAUUGAUUGCAUCUGUAAAAUAUACAGUGUACACAACAGCUGAAUUAGAAACAAGAAGGUUGAAGAAGCCAAAUACAGAUAUAGUUUUGGUGUUUGUCCUCAUAACUGGAGUUAUUGUUUGUGUUGGCGUGGUCUUUGCAAUAAUCUUCAUCAUCCUUAAUUGGGCUGCUGUCAAAAUGUUCUGGCAAACAAAAGUUUGGCGAAGCAGAGAGGAGCCAAGCUCAAGUUCAUUGAGGACGUCAUCGGGGCAGUUCACCACAGUAGACCAGAUGUCGCAACUAGACAACAAUCCAGGAGAACCGGUUUCUGCUUACCAGGAGUGGACUGGACCAACAAGAGUCAGCGAAGGAGGAGGGGGAGGAGGAGAAGGAGGAGGAGAUGCAGACAAGGGGAAUUAUUAG